AUGGAACCCUCCGGCCACAACGUUGCCCCGUUGAAUAUUAUCAAAGGCAGAUCGCGUCCACCAAUUCCGCAUCUCAAUUUCUCGUCUAGCAGCUCAACUGCGACAAUAGGUCGUAGCCAACAACAAAACCGAAUCACGCCUCCAACAACACCCCAGAGAUCUCAAGACGUCAUGUCUGAGUGUGCUGAAGAUGAUCGUCCGAAAUUCCACAACUACCUUCGUGCAUUUUAUCCAUUUCAUCCAUCAGGUUCAGUGUCGCCAUCCACUGUCACUCUCCCACUCAACCAGGGCGAUGUUAUUCUAGUACACUCGGUUCACGUAAAUGGAUGGGCUGAUGGCACCCUCCUUGAAACUGGGGAGAGGGGAUGGCUUCCUACUAAUUAUUGUGAAGCAUAUGAUCAAAUCGCCAUGCGCCCCCUCUUGAAGGCUUUGACCGAUUUUUGGGAUAUAAUUCGGGGAGGUUGCGGCACAUUCCUUCGCGACUUUGGGAAUCAAGAUCUCAUGAGAGGUCUGAUUGCUGGUGUGAGAUUUUUAUUGGAGAAAGCAGAGUGUUUGACUCGGGAAUCAACCUUGGUUCAGCGUUACGACGGACUGCGACGAAACCGCAAAGCUUUACUUGCCGACCUCUCCUCUCUAGUGAAGUCUGCUAAACGAUUGCAAGAGCUGGCCAAUGGCACUCCAGGAGAUGACGAGGUUGAACAGGUCCUGGACGAAAUGCUUCUCAAGUCUUUCAAGAUAGUCACUCGAGGAGUACGAUUUUUGGAUGUAUGGAACGAGCAUGUUGGCCUGACGAGAGCGAUCAUGGAUUUGGAGCCUACUACCCCGGACAAUUAUGAUACACCCAUCUUAACUCCUUCGACCGAAACAUUUUCAAUCUCUGAUCGCAGUACUACCGCCAUCCCAGAGAGAAAUUGGAGUCGUCCCCUUCUCAGCCAAGCCUCAAAUCAUGGAGACAUUCAUAGGUCUUCUAUAUAUUCUACACAACCACCAUCUGCGAUGUCGGAUCGGGGCAAUCGAAUUUCUGUUUCCCAUAGAGUAUCUUACACUGGACCAUCUGCCAACCAACGCAAUGCUGAUCUCGCAUCAGUGCGUUUAGGAAAUGCGUACGACGGUUUCUUAGGAGUGUUAGGAUCAUUCAUUGGCCUUCAUCUGCAAUCGCGGUCUUCCACCGAGCUCAUCCUGACCACACAGCAAUCGGUGCAGUCUUGCCAGGCGCUUCUAACCCUUGUUGAGUGUAUAUGGGAGCAUGACUUCCGACGCUCCUCUGAGUUGCGUCAAGCCAAGGAUACAAUGUACGAUCGGAUUACAGAGCUGGUUCAUGCGGCCCGUGACGCUUUUCGGCCAAACUCUACCGAUGAUGAAGUUCUCUUCAUGCCGGAUGAAGGAAAGCGUCUUGUAGAUGCUGCUACAGACUGCGUCCGCGGAGCUGGUAGCUGCGUAGCCAAGGCUCGUGCUGUACUGGAACAAAUCGGUGACUUCGACGUCGGGUUUCCCACAGGAUCAUCUCCAGUUACGGUCAACUCCAACGACACACCAAAUCCAGCUGAUGUUCACAUGGAAGACAGCGAGCCUCAGCAACCGUCACCACUUCGCCUGCUACCGCCACCAAUUUCCAUUCCUCAACACAACGAGUUGAGCCCUGCCACCCCUGCUCUUACUGCCGGCACCACACCAUCAUCACUUGUUUCUAAAACCGAACUACAGAGUCCGAAGCUCGAUGUGGAUGUUGACACAACUCCAAUUGUAGUGAACAAUAUCAGUCCGUCUGAUUCAACUUAUCGCGACCACGUCUCUCAAAAUGAUUCACAACAUGUAUACCGUUUUGAAAAUAGAGGCACGACCAGUACAGACAGCUCCUUCACGUACAAGAGUACUGUCCGUAAUUCGGAAAUGAGCGGGCUUUCACAAACCUCAACACGCGCAACAUCCCCGGACAUUGGCGCCAGCGUCGAGAUGCGAUCUCUGAAAGAGAGCAUCAGUCGAUCCACACUGGCCGAGGAGAGUGACGAGACAGAAGCGAAUAUUCUUGGAAAGACUUUUGCGCAUGAAUUAGUGUUCAAGGAUGGUCAGGUUGUCGGUGGUAGCCUGAGGGCGUUGAUCGAAAAACUCACUGCACAUGAGUCCACUCCCGACGCUCUCUUUGUCUCGACUUUCUACCUCACUUUCCGUCUUUUCGCCUCACCUAUGGAUUUUGCGGAAGCGCUUGCAGAGAGAUAUGACUAUAUUGGAGACACACCACAUGCAGCUAGCCCUGUCCGACUCCGCGUUUAUAACAUCUUCAAAGGAUGGCUCGAGACUCACUGGCGCCACGACUGCGACAUAGUAGCUCUUCCUUAUAUCCUCGAAUUUUCGAAGAACAAGCUGAUGGAGACUCUGCCAAACGCCGGAAAACGUCUCGUCGAGCUGGCUGAAAAGGUGUCUUAUGUGGAUGGGCCCAUUGUUCCACGACUUGUGUCAGCAAUAGGCAAAACAAACACAGCCAUAGCGCAAUACGUCCCUCCUGAGACUCCUCUACCGGCUCCAAUUAUUAAUAAGAGUCAGUUGAACUUAUUGAAGCAAUGGAAAAAUACGGGGUCCAGUGUUAGCAUUCUGGAUUUUGACCCCCAGGAGCUGGCACGCCAAAUCACCCUCAAAGAGUCGAGAAUAUUCUGCUCUAUUCUUCCAGAGGAGCUGCUGGCGACUGAGUGGAUGAAGAAAUCCGGAUCAUUGGCAGUCAACGUGCGCGCCAUGUCCACACUUUCCACAGAUCUGGCUAACUUGGUUGCUGAUUCUAUCCUUCAAUUGGAGGAACCAAAGAAGAGAGCAACUAUCAUCAAGCAGUGGGUUAAGAUUGCCAAGCAAUGUCUUGAAUUGAAUAACUACGACUCUUUGAUGGCAGUUAUCUGUUCAUUGAAUUCUUCCACCAUUGUCCGUCUAAAGCGCACAUGGGAGUUGGUAUCCCAGAAGACGAAGACGACUCUAGAAUCACUCAAGGAAGUCGUUGAUGUUUCACGCAACUAUGCCGUUCUCCGUCAACGUCUACAAAACCGCUCCCCGCCAACAUUACCUUUUGUCGGUGUAUAUCUGACAGAUUUGACCUUUGUCGACCACGGCAACCCGGCUACCAGGAAUCUUCCUACCGAACAUGGCGGCAUGGCUGUCAUUAAUUAUGACAAGCAUAUGAAAACCGCCAAAGUCAUCAGCGAGCUCCAACGCUUCCAAAUACCCUACCGGCUUACCGAAGUACCCGAAUUACAGACUUGGAUGCAAGAUCAGCUUGUUCGAGUCCGCUCGAACGGCGAGAAGAGCUUCCAAAACUAUUACCGCCGAUCUCUGAUCCUAGAACCGCGUGAAACACCCCGAUCGGGCUCUGUCGAUGCCUCUGCACCUGCUCGUGAGAUAGCUAAUACCAGAUUUGAUUUUCUGACCUGGUCGCAUACAUCCAAAGUCAAAUCGGUGGCGACGACCAGUUAA